AUGGCUUCCUUGUUCCUUUUCGUAUUGCUCUUUGCACUUUUCAACCCUUUGGCGUUUGCCCAUUUCUUGCCUCCUACACAGAAGCCUCCUGUUUAUGAACCGCCUAUAUACAAGCCUCCUAUAGAGAAGCCGCCAACCUAUGAGCCUCCGAUUUACAAGCCCCCAGUAGAAAAACCACCCAUUUAUAAGCCUCCCAUAGAGAAGCCUCCAGUCUAUGAACCACCAAUUUACAAGCCUCCAAUUGAAAAACCACCAAUUUAUAAGCCUCCAAUUGAAAAACCACCAAUUUACAAGCCACCAAUCUAUAAACCUCCCAUAGAGAAGCCACCAAUCUACAAGCCUCCUAUUUAUAAGCCUCCAAUUUACAAACCACCGAUUUACAAGCCUCCCUUAGAAAAGCCACCAAUAUACAAGCCUCCUAUUUACAAGCCCCCAGUUUACAAACCACCAAUUUACAAGCCUCCCAUAGAGAAACCGCCAGUUUACAAGCCUCCUAUUUAUAAACCCCCAUUUUACAAACCACCCAUUUACAAGCCUCCUAUAGAAAAGCCGCCAGUCUAUAAGCCUCCUAUAGAGAAGCCACCAAUCUAUGAGCCUCCUAUUUACAAACCCCCAAUUUACAAACCACCAAUUUACAAGCCUCCCUUAGAGAAACCACCAAUCUACAAGCCCCCAAUUUUUAAACCGCCCAUUUACAAGCCUCCCAUAGAAAAGCCACCAAUCUACAAGCCUCCACUUGAGAAACCUCCAAUUUACAAGCCACCCAUCUACAAACCUCCAAUUGAAAAGCCACCAGUUUAUGAGCCUCCUAUUUACAAGCCACCGAUUGAACCUCCAAUUUACAAACCCCCAAUAGAAAAACCUCCAAUCUAUGAGCCACCAAUUUACACGCCCCCAAUAGAAAAGCCACCAAUUUAUGAGCCACCUAAUUAGAAAUCCCUACUUGACAAGUUGCCUAUACACAAGUUUCCGCAUAUCCACAUACUUGCUAUUUAAAAUCCACUUUGGCGUCACCCAUGAAUUUACAAGCAUCCAUGUAAAAUAAUAAUAUGUGGUCUUCACGAGCUCAACUCUCAACUUGGACAUAUCAAUGGCUUAGAAUACUUUCGACUUAGAGGUGUUGUUAUUAUUAUUAUUAUUACCAUAUGCUUGGCACUUCGCAUCUUUAUGCUAUAAAGUGUGGAACGAGUUUAUGAAUUUGAGCAUGCCGAGUGAUGUAGCAGGAGUGAGCGCGUGAGAGGCAAUUUGUUUUCGUUUUAUAUAACAAGCUUUUAGAUUGCAUAUUAUGUCUUAUAUAUAAAUGUAGCUUUUGUCAUUUAUUAAGUCCUUUCAAUUGAUAUGCACAA